AUGACAGGAAAAGAUAAUAAUAAAAUCUCAGAGCUCAGCCUUUUGGGUCUUUCAGACAAGCCAGAGCAGCAGAGGCUCCUGUUCUUCCUGUUCCUCCUUAUGUAUCUGAUCACAGGGCCAGGGAAUCUGCUCAUCAUGCUGGCUCUUAGCUCCAACUCACACCUUCACACCCCCAUGUACUUCUUCCUCAGUAAGUUGUCCCUGGUCGACAUCUGCUUCACCUCCACCACCAUUCCCAAGAUGCUGAAUAACCACAUAUCCAAAAACAGAACAAUCCCUUAUUCUGGGUGCCUGGCACAAGUAUUCUUCUUCAUUUGGUUCGGAGGGAUUGAUAUCAUCCUCCUCACUGCCAUGGCUUAUGACGACUAUGUGGCUAUUUGUACACUCCUACACUAUAGCACAAUAUGUGCCCUUCCAGUACUGGUGUCUUGGUCUUGGGCCUGUGAUAAUUCCCUGACACACACCAACUUGCUGACCCGACUCUCCUUCUAUUGCCACAGUAAAAUUUCUCAUUUCUUCUGUGUCCUCAGUCCCCUUUUGAAGGUGGCCUGCUCAGACACUUUCAUCAAUGACUUGAUGGUCUAUACAGUGGGAACACCAACAGUAUUUCUACCCUUCAUUGGAAUAUUCAUCUCCUAUGGACAUAUGUUCAUGGCCAUAAUGAAGAUCUCCUCUGUGAGUGGGAAACAGAAAGUUUUCUCUACCUAUGAAUCCCACUUCACUAUGGUCUGUCUCUUCUAUGGGACAAUCAUUGGGGUGUAUUUCAGCCCCACAUCUACCCACACAGCCUCAAAAGAUACAUCAGCAACAGUAAUGUACACUGUAGUCACCCCCAUGCUGAAUCCUUUCAUCUACAAUCUAAGGAACAAGGACAUGAAAGGAGCCUUGAGGGUGCUCAUCACUAGAAAACCAGGAUUCACUCUAUGA